CAAAAUACUACGUAUCCCCGAUGCAUUCUGAUUACGUCGCCGCGGAGUAUUCCUUUUUUCUCCUACUUCCACUUUUACUUGAGUACAUAUUUUCUAUGAGUUUAAUACUUUUACUCCGAUAUUUUUGAUGUGCUGCAUCGUUAACUCCUUACCGUUGUGAAUGCCUCACGCUACGGAGACUGUCUACGCUAGUUACGUACGAUACUUACGUACGUUAUUAUUCUUUUCAUUACGGUUGCCCGUUCAGAAGUUCGAGACAAUGCAACUUCAACGCACCCCCAACGCAGAAAUCAGCAAAGGAAGUAUAGAAGAACCAGCACUAAGAGGAAGUAGGCUACACACACAAUUCACUACGGCAGUGUAAGAUAUACAUUCAAGUGACCAAGAUUCACCCUCAUGGCCUUUGAAGUUACCCUUCCACAGGGGGAAGACACAGAUUAUAAUGUGUCAUACGACAUUGAUGAAUUUGACACGGUCUGUGAAGAUGAGGGGAUCGGCCUGCAGACCUUUAACGCAGUGUUCCGACCCUUGCUGUACAGCUUGAUCUUUCUGCUGGGCGUGGCGGGGAACGGCCUGAUGAUAACCGUCCUCCUGAGACGUUGGCGCCUCCUGCGCAUCACUGAAAUCUACCUGCUGCACCUCGCCCUGGCCGACCUCAUGCUCCUCUUCACGUUUCCCUUCGACAUAGUCGACAGUGCCACUGGCUGGCUGAUGGGCGAGUUCCUCUGCAGGCUGAUAGGCCUGAUGAAAAACCUGAACUUCCGCUGUGGGAGUUUCCUCCUAGCUUGCAUUGGGUUCGACAGGUAUUUGGCCAUUGUUCACGCUAUUCCAAGCAUGCAAAGUCGACGUCCCAGGACAGUGCACCUCACAUGCGUUACAUUAUGGCUGGUCUGUUUGGGUCUAUCAGUACCCAACGCUGUGUUUCUUUCUGUGAGGAAAGAAGCCACAAAUUCAUCUAGGCUCUCCUGUUCCACUCAUCUUUAUAAAAUCUACGCCAACAACUGGGUUUUGACCAAUCGAGUCUUCGAUCAUUUGUGUUUUUUCCUUCCCCUGGCUGUCAUGUGCUACUGUUACACAGCGGUGGUCGUGACUCUGUGCAACAGUCAGAAGAGCCAGUCAAAGCACGGAGCAAUUCGACUGGCUCUGCUCGUCACUCUCGUCUUUUUCUUCUGCUGGCUACCCUAUAACAUCAACUUAAUAAUCGAAACCAUGGUGGACCUGCAGACCAUCAGAUAUACAUCCUGUAGCUCGUAUUUCCUACUGCGACCAGCCCUCGACGUGACCAAAAGCCUGGGUCUCUCGCACUGUUGCCUGAACCCGUUCUUGUACGCCUUCGUCGGGGUGCGGUUUCGCAAUGAGCUAAUAAAGUUACUUUGCAAGUUGGGCUGCAGCCGCGUCUGCCUGCCUUUCAUCAGAGCUCAGAGUCACAGUCAGGCAUCGGUCUCUGACGGAGCAACCACCACCAGCAUCAUCCACAUCUGACGAACUCCUAUACGACUGGCAGCUGUAACUAAAAUGCCUGCGUACAACAGUAUUUCAUUUGUAAUGAUGAAACCGGUUAUGUUAUCCGAUAGUACCAAUUGCUACUUUGAUUGCAUUUAAAAGAUGUUUUAUUACAUUUUGUAUAUUGUUGGCUGGAAUCUGUUUUUGCUUGUACUUCAGCUACUGCUUAUUGGAUUUAAUAAAGUUUUCAUAUAC